CCACUGUUUGAACUCAGCUAACUUCUGUUCCACGUUUGGAACUCUUCGAGGUACACACACGCACACGAUGACAACAGCGGAGGAGACGUCCUCCCGGUUCCAUCUGCGACGACCAGCAGCGAGCUUGGCCAGCUCGUUCCCAAUCGCAGCCCGAUGGAGCCAACCCCCGUCAUCGCAGCAUCUGUACACCCGAAGAACCAUCGUGUCGGUAACCGCUGAGGGUCAACAGCGACGCCAGGAGGCGUCGGGGGAGGCCACGGAGGUCUCCCCCAGUUCAGGCAAGGAGUCUCGCAUCGCAUCGACGCCGACGCCGGCGUCACCGAUCGCAUCAGAUAGCAGAGCAGCAGAUCACGCACGGCGCCACCCACGCACGGUGGCUUUGCGUUCAGCAGAUCAUCGCAGAUUAACAGCAGCAAGCAAGCAGACAGACGAACCGACAACCGACGUCGGCGGCACGCCGUCGAACAACAACCGCAGCGCAUCGAAGCAUCCACCCCCGCAACGAACAGAAGAUCAACCGAUUUUCAAUUUCCUGAGAUAA